UUUGAUCCGGUCAGCAGUUGAACUCUUAAAACUGGAAGUGUAACCAGAAAUUUAAGAAAAUGGCYACAUUAAAGUCUCCAGCUCGACAGUCUAGCUUUGAAUAYCUGUCWCCAUUCAAUGCUGUUCUUAGYAGCGUUGGAGCUGACCACGAAAAAGCUUUGAAACAAGCCUUUUACAACACCGUGGCAUUAGUAUUCGUCGUUKCUGGAGGGGCAGCUGGCGUUGCAGUGUACUUUGUUUUGGACCCUUUCCUUAAACCUUUGCUUUGGGCUGGUCUUUGUGGAGCAUUUCUUCAUCCGUUCAAGAGAACUAUGACAAAAAUAUUCACYGGYUGGUUGAGGUCUAUGAGUAGAUCCAACACCCCGAUUAUUGUUGGCGCAGUUGUGGUUCCUUUUCAGCUACUGAAUACCUUGUCAGAYGUUGUUGGAGGGUUCAUAGCGAAGCAUAUWCGUGUUAUUGUGACAGUGUCAUUAUUGUCACCGUUUAUUUAUGGACUAUAUGUCUUUCGGCCAUUUUUGGAGAUUUUCUCUUUUCUUUACUCUGUUGGAGUGACACUUUAUAAUAUCAUGGAUUAUUUCAGCAAUCCUGUUGUGGUGUGGUCUCUUAUCAUUGGAUAUAUUAUUGCAUUGAUAUUUUGGUGGACGCCAUCAUCUUCUUCAGUCAUGAGAAUUCUCUCUAUUCCUGUGUGGAUGACAUUUGUAACCCAUGUAGCAUCAAUUGCUGGUGAUUUUAGGGUGCCACUGUUCCUUGCYGUUGUUGUACUAUCUAUAGUAGGACUGAUUACUGAAGUCACCAGGAUAGAUUCCCAAGACCAAGUGGAUGGAAAYGACCAAGAAAAAAGUAACAAGAGACGUAGUUUCAUAGAAGGCCUCACAGUCGCAGCAUCAGUUUUAGCAUCACCUCUUACAUAUGACUCUGAUGAAUCCACUUCCAGUACUGUUGAAGAAAUACCUAAAACAUCCCAGUAUGUAAGGUCUGAUGUUAUAGAAACUCCCAAUACAACAGCUACUGCAGGUGACACCACUAAUGCUGCAAGGGACUUAAGUAGACUACAAAAAAUGCGUAGAAUGAAUAAACCAAGAUUGAAAGUUAAGAAAAAUCCAAAGCCCAAGAGUGUAAGCCGGCCAUAUUUCAUAGCACUAAUGUGGGGUAUUUUAUUGACAAGAGUAUGGAUGCAUAUUUGGAUUCUGAAGCUUCUUCCCAUUCCUUUUGCUAUCUAUCUCAUUAAACUUGUUGUUGUUUGGUCUGGUGCUUGGUCAUAUGUACAAGAGUUGAURCAUGGUUGGUUUGAUAAACUAAAACAGUGGUCCAAUGAGAGACAAGAUGCGCUAGUACCAGCUCCAGUCAGAGGAAUGGCAAAGCUUGUCAUUAGAGGUGAUCAAAAGGUGAACUCACUAAUGGAACAGUCGAUAGAUAAACUAAUAAGUGUUUUUAUGGUGAUUGGUCUCAUUAUAGUCAGUAUUAUUGUGACAUUACUAUUAGCUGUACAGGUCCACCAUGAAAGUGUUUAUUUAGUGACAGUCACAGGGAAUCUUGUCAAUGAUGUUGUUGCAAAAAAUCCACAACUUGUUAAAUGGAUAUCAGAAAAUGCAGAAUUCAAAAAAACACUUGAUUCAGCUGUAGAAAGGGGAUAUAUGUAUGGCAGAAAAUGGAUAGCAGCUAAAGUUGGGACAUUUAUUGGUGAUAACAGUGAUAACACAACCAUGUUGCAGCAGAGUGUACUUGAAUUGACAGACAGGUUUUAUCACGCUUGGUUUGGGAAGGGCAACCACAGUAACAUUUCCAAGACAUCCAAUGAAACCCAUUCUCUAUCCAAGAAYGAGGCCAAUAUAACAGCUAAUGCCUCCUUGGCAUGGGGAAAUAUGCUCAGCUGGAUACGAAAAGAGGGCAUCAUCAUUGAUGUCACAGCMCUUUUUUCAGUGGUCAAAGAAAAUAUCGGCAUUCUGAUGUCGCUGCUGGAUUCAAUAUGGACCAUUUUAAAAGGCAAUGUUACCAUGGUGAUCAACCUAGUUACCAUGGUGCUGUCAUUGGUAUUCUUUAGUGGUACAUAUGUCCUUAAYACUGGACUGUCAAUGAUUGUCUUUAUGACUGCACUAUUCUACCUACUAAGUACAUCAGGUGAUCAAUAUCGACCUGUAGAGUGGUUUAGCCAGAUGACRGCUUCAAGUACUGCAGGAUUUGGGGAAUCUCUGUACAAAGCUAUCAGAGAUGUKUUUGGUGCUGCACUGAAGAUGGCAACAUUUUAUGGCCUGUACACCUGGUUCACACAUUCACUAUUUGGUAUUAACAUUGUAUUCAUACCCUCUGCUAUUGCAGCAAUCACAUCUGUKGUGCCCUUUGUUGGUACUUAUGUUGCUGCUAUACCAGCAGUAUUGGAACUUUGGCUGGUACAAGAUCAAGAAAUACUUGCAGUYAUAUUAGCUAUUUGUCAUAUUCUUCCUGCUUCAUUUGUGGAUACUGCUAUAUAUAGUGAAAUUUCUGGUGGUGGCCAUCCAUACCUUACUGGUCUAGCUGUAGCUGGAGGAAUAUACUGUGUUGGUCUGGAAGGKGCAAUCAUUGGUCCAAUAGUUUUGUGUUGUUUAAUUGUUGCUUGUCAAGUUUAUGGUAGCAUGAUAGCUGAAACAAGUCCUACAAGUGCUGAGCCUACUCUAAUAUCAAAUGUGGGAGURACAAGAACAAGGGCACAUACUGAUGACCAGCAUAAAAGAACUCCAUUACAAAAACCUAGUUUUUGAUUAAUAGAUAUUAUUGGAACACUAUCACUGUAUAGCCCAAAAAGAUCCUGCAGUCUCUCUCACACCAGUAUUCUACUURCCUUUGGCAAAUUUCUCAGAUGUGAGAGAGCCAGCCAGGGUCUCCUYAUAUUAAGUGUUCAGUAAAUUAAGGAAAGUCCUUGGCUGACAACAUGCUAUAUUACACAGCAUGAAGUUUAUAAGAUACUCAAAGGGCAAUGUCUAAAAAUGCUAGAUUUAAAGUCCAGUUUACAUUAAUAUUCAUGAUAACUUUCAUAUCAGUCUCACUCUUAAACAUCUUGAAAAAGAGAAUUUUGAUAAACAUUAUUGGGUGGUUUGCCAAUGUAUACUGGGCUGUAUGGUUUUACAUUUUAAAACUGAUUCAUUUUUUAGUUGUUUUUGUAUCCAUGUGAAUCAAUUUUAGCCUAGGAAAUCAUGAUAUUGAAUUAUCUAAAUCUAUUUUAAGUGCCAUAUAAUAUUCUCUGCAUAGAGCCCAUCUUUUCAAGAAAUGACUAUGAUUAUGAAUUGAUAUAAAAGAUAAAUUUUAAGAUGAAUGAAAAUUAUAUAUAAAUUCUUUUGCGAAAAGCAUUUAUUAUGAAGAGAUAAAUUGUAGUUCUAAUCGCCAUUAUUAGGACAUUGAGAUAUUGGAAAUAUUUUUAUUUCAGGUUAACUUAAUUUAUACGGUAGCUGACAGUAUGCAAGUUAGCUUACCUUAUUAGCUUACUUUUUAUAUAAAGAAAAUAGUAUCAAAGGUAUUUAUUUACUUCCUUUGGAAGGUCUCAAGAUGGCAAAGAGUGACAUAAAACAAGUCCAACAUUUAACAUUAUUGCUGUUAGUAAUGAAGCAAGUAGUUUCCAUGUUUUAUACCUGAUUCAUGUUGACACAACAAAAACAUUUUUGCUUCAAGUUUGGCAAAUUACACUCGCAUAACAUGUAAUGUAAGAAAAUAUAAAUGGAUGUGAGCAAUUACUUGUUGCAUACUGUUAGUAUCGAUCCAUAGUCUGCUCAACUACAUGUACUUGUAGUUUUGUCAUCCAACAAGUAACAUUUUAUGCAUUUUGCUGCUUUUGUUAAAAGAGAUAUUAAAAACUUACACAUACGCUGAUAGAUAUAAUAUGACAUAUUCAAUAAUAUAAGACAGCUGUAACAUAGUACUUAUAAAACGUUUUAUUAAAAUAAAGUAAAUUCUCUGUU